AUUGGUUUUCGCUUGCCCGACUCAGCGAGUCAACGAGGCCGAAGACGUGAGCUGCUGCCGUAACCACGGCGCGCCCCUUGGCGACUGCGCUGUUCGCGGUGGAUGGUAACGUUGUAGACUAAAUCAAUUCUUAUGUCGCGCCGCGUCGUCGCAACGCGGCGGAUCGUCGUAACGUGGUCGAUUGAAGCAGUUCGUAUGGCUUCUGUAAGCCAAGAGGGGACUGAAGCUUCUGUAAGCCAAGAGAGGGCUGAAGAUUCUGUUUCGCAGUUAUUUACGAGGAGUGUGUUCUGUACCUUGUACUCUCCUCUUCUGAAUAGAGAGAACAAGUCCCGUGAGAAGGAACAAGGCGGAGCAAGAGACGAAGCAAGAGAUGGAACAAUAGACGGAAGAAGAGACGGCACAGUAGACGGAAGAAUAGACGGAGACUGAGACGGAGCAACAAUAAAGCAAGAGCUUGUCGCUAAAUUUGAAUUCGAGCGAAAGGGAAGGCUGAGCCAGGCGGAGGAAAGGCGAAUCUGUGAGGCAUGCAAACAGAGCCUUCCCAACAGCAACAGCCGACGCUGUUGGACGACCCAGCGCAGGCACGAAUGGAGAGGCCGAACCAGCCUGGUUUGGGAGGGCCGCAUUUGGCCGAAUCUGAGGCGGCGGAUGAUCGUACGGCUGUCAUAAGGCUGAAAUUGCGGCUUCUAAAUCUACCCGCCUUCCAAGACUUGCUGCGCAACUAUGCUGCGUGCCUCAAGAUUGGAGCGUCUCCUGAGUUCCUGGCAGCCGUUGAUGGGUUUGAUCCUGUGGCUGCGCUGCAGCUGAAAUACAGCAGUGAUGGUCGCCAGAAAACCGGCUGCAGCGCUUUUGAUGAUAGCCGUAGGGCUGCUGCUGCGAUGGACGUCCCCGGUGCGUGUAGGAGCAACGAGCAAGCUAAGAGCAACGAGCAAGCUAGACCCACGAGUUUUGCCUUGUCGGUUUCCGACCCUACGACCAGAGACUCGUCAGAAACGAUUCCCGACCCGGCGACCAGCUGUGCUGGAUUGUCAAAGGAGACUCGAGGGGCGACACCCUUCUGCACGGGGCUGCGCGGAGCAAGAUUGGCAGCAGAGGCCCCGGUCCAGGUGCAGGGCCUGGGAGCCGCCGCAACCCGAUCGCCGGGAUGGGAGGUCGCGACCCAGUCGCCGGGCCUGUCGCUGUCUCAAAACGCAGGGUCAGCAGCAGCACUAGAAGAGUGGGAGGACAUGGGUGCUGUUCGGGAUUUCAUGGCGUCCCUUACGGCUGCUAUGGCGGCAUCGCGCGAUCGCCUGCUCUCAGCGCACACUGUGGCUGAGGCAUUUCUCCUGCACGUGGAAAGCAGCCUCACAGCCAAUGCUGGUGACGCUACAUCUGCUGCUGCUGCUGCGACAGCUGAUGGGGCUGCUGCUGCUGCUGCUGCUGCUGCUGCCGUCGAUCCCCAAAGCAGCAGCACCUCCAGCAGCAGCAGCAGCGGCGGUGAUGGUGCUGGCACCAGCAGAGGCAGCGACACUUUCAUGGGAGGGGAACAAGAGGGCGUGUACGAUGACAUCAUGGCUGACAUCAGCACAAGCCAGAUUCCUGUGCUUCGGAGCCAAGAGCAACCUGGUUUUGAGUCGGGCGGUGAAGCAGAGGCAGCUGUUUCAGCGGCGGCGGCAGGCGAUGGAAGCGAGUUUGGUGGGAAUCCGGACAUGGGGCUGACGCUGAGCGAGAGCGUGGAGGACAUCGAGAGCAUGGAGCAGGUCGAACGGCUGGUGCGGGCGCGGUUCGGGGGGUUCCUGCGGACGGUCAGUGCAGAGCACGUGGUGAAGCACGUGAAGGGGAAACUGCCAGAUGAGGCCACGGGGAAGUUGUUGGCGUGGUGGAACGACCAUAUCAACUGGCCUUAUCCCACUGAGCAGGAGAAGCUGCAGCUGAUGAGUAAGACGGGGUUGGACUCGCGGCAAGUGAACAACUGGUUCAUUAAUCAGAGGAAGAGGCACUGGAACCAGCAGACCAAGCGGCAGAAGAAGUGACAGGUGUGAUGGAAUGAAAUACUAGGAUUGUACCCAUCAUCGAGAGCUACACAGGGCUGUGGCGCAGCAGUGCUGGACUCACGGCAAGUGAACAAUUGGUUCAUAAAUCUGACAGGUUUCCCAACCAAUCAAUGCCUCCCCAAAGCGCUCUACAUUUACAAUUCAAUCCUGAAGAUCCUACGGCCCAUUUAUGAUCGCUUCAGGUUUCCAUUGAAGUGAGUUUUUGUAAAGCUAUUGUAUCUUUCUCGUUUUUUCGUAUUG